GGAAUUUAGUUGAACAUCUUUCAAUUCCAAAAAACUUUGAUUUGUGAAUUUCUAUUAUAGUAUCAAAUAUUAUUUCAAAUUAUACAAAUAAUAUGAUUAUUUUUUAUCACAUUCGCCUCAUCCAUCAUCCGAUCUGUCGUACAAAUUUGUUUGGAUGUUGGAUGAAUUUUCUACCAAUCAGAAACUCAAUAAUGUACCCGCGCCACUAUUUUCUUUUGUCAAGUCUUUAUUAUUAUUUUUAAAUUUUAUACGUUUUAUUCUUUUAUUUCUUUAUAUUUUUAUAUUUUUUUUUCUUUUAUCUUUUAUUUCUUUUAAUUCUUUAUAUUUCUACUAUUUAUGCUUAUAUUUUGCUUGUAUUUUGACCGAUAUUGUUAUUAAGCCUGAUCUUAAAAUCCUGAUUGGGCUUUUUAAACACGCGCUCGGAUUUAUCGGAAAAGUAUAUCAAAAUCGAUUUAAACGAAAAUUAACUUGAGUGGUAGACCUAAGGAACUUUUUUUAUAAGGUUGAUUUAUUAAAGAUAUCCAAAUAUGUUCAUAUAUCAGUGUGAAAGUUGAGAUCAUUUUAAAUUCUAAUUCUUCAGCAUUAAUAGUAAUGGCUAUCAU